UUUCUCUCUGCCUGCUCCCCUUACUGACUCUAGUCUCUUCUUUACUUCAUUCAAGAAAGAUAAAAUUCUCAGGUUGCAGAGAGACAUAGAUUUUGUCUGUACAAUUUGUAAUGAGAGUACAUAACUGAAGUCAUCAAACCAAGCAAAGUAGCAUUCUUUAUGGAGUGGGAUAAACAACCACCUCAGCAGCCACAAGCAACAACAGCUGCUGCUGCAGCAGCAGCAGCAGAAGAACUCAAUAAUGGAGGAAUGUUUGUUAAAGUUAUGACUGAUGAACAAAUGGAAGUUCUCAGGAAGCAAAUUGCUGUUUAUGCUACCAUCUGUGAACAGCUUGUUGAUUUGCACAAAUCUCUCACUUCCCAUCAUGAUCUUGCAGGUGCCAGACUUGGAAAUCUGUACUGUGACCCCCUAGUGACAUCUGCUGGUCAUAAAAUUACUGGUAGACAACGUUGGACCCCUACACCUGUCCAGCUUCAGAUUCUUGAGCGUAUAUUUGAUCAAGGGAAUGGAGCUCCAUCCAAGCAGAAGAUCAAAGAGAUAACUAAUGAAUUGUUACAACAUGGUCAAAUAUCUGAAACAAAUGUCUACAAUUGGUUUCAGAACAGGCGUGCUCGAUCAAAGAGGAAGCAACAAGCAGCUGCAUCAAACAACAUUGAAUCGGAAGUGGAGACAGAGGUUGAAUCACCCAAUGACAAGAAGACAAAGCCAGAGGAUUUGCAGUCUCCACACAUUCCAACUUCAAGGAACGAGGAACUCUGCUUUCAGAACACUGAUGUAAGCUCAGGGAUGCUUUCCAUUGACCCACGUAGCAGUAAACCAGAGCCGAUGUUCCCUUCAGACGGCAGUUCAAAGUCAGCUGGGAGUUUUGGCCAGAUGUCCUUCUAUGGAAGUAUGUUAUCAAACCCAAGAAUGGACCAGUUGCUUGGGAAGAUGGAGGUACCGGAGAGCUACAACCCUUAUCUGCAUGCAGAAGAUUACAACAUGACAGGCUGAUUUAUUGUGUUUCCACUUGUUCCUCGUUUGUGUUUAGCAAAGUAAAAUAUCGAGGGUUGUAACUGAAGACAUUGUACGCAGUCCCCAACACAAAGUGAAAUGUUCGAGAGUUGUAACUGAAGACUUUAUAGGCAGUCCCUCCUCUUUGCAACCUGAUGCUGAUUAUUUUGCAGUGAUGGAUGUUAGAAGUACAUUUUACCAUGUCUAGAAUAUAUGCUUAGCGCUGAACAAUAUAGUUAGUUGGUUGGUUUUAUAUAUAUAUAUAUAUUUUUCAGGAUUGUG